UUUGGCACCACAGAAGAACCGCCUGCGUGUGAUUGGUAACACAUAGCAUCUCUUCUUCCCGUGGCACUGCUGCUCAGUCACUCGCCGCACUUAUCCCACUGAGGCACUUCCCUCGCUUGACAUCCAUCGAAUUGGCACUCCUGACGAUGGCACUGAUGAGUCUUCGGUCGGCCCUCGUCCUGCUGGUGGUCACGAGCAACGGCGCCCUAGCUCGGUUCCGUGAUGUUGAGAUUGAUGAAGCCGGCGUCAAGGAAGACUUCCCUGACAGCAGACAGAUCGACCCAACUCAUGAAUGCCUCAGCACACCAAAUAAAUGUGAAAAUGCAGAUUCAUCAGGUGGCUAUUGCCUGAAUCUUGCCCUUGAGUCGCAAUGCCUUGGAAAAAUGAAUUCCAGCUUGUGCAACAACAGAAACUGUGGAUGUUGCGUGAGGCACGUUUGCGAAAGAACACCAAACCAAUGCAAAAAUGCAGAUUUAUCAGGUGGCUAUUGUCUUAAUCUUGACCUUGAAUCGCAAUGCCGGGGAAGAAUGGAUCCCAGUUUAUGCAACAACAAAAACUGCGGAUGUUGCGUGAGGCAUGUUUGCGAGAGGACACCUGAUAAAUGCAAAAAUGCAGGGGACGCAGGCGGCGUGUGCCUCAAUCUUGACCUUGAGUCGGAGUGCGAAGGGAAUAUGGAUCCCACUUUAUGCAACAAUAAAAACUGUGGAUGUUGCGUCAAACACUUUUGCAGCAAUACACCAGCCGUAUGUUCAAACGAAGGAGGAACUUGUAUAAACAAGAUGGACACCUGUGAAGGAACUACGAAUGAUGACCUCUGCUUCAACAAACACUGCACUUGUUGUAUCAUUGAUCAGACAACAACUACAGCAGCUCCAACAACUACAGCAGCUCCAACAACAACUACAGCAGCUCCAACAACAACUACAGCUCCAACAACUACAGCAGCUCCAACAACUACAGCAGCUCCAACAACUACAGCAGCUCCAACAACAACUACAGGAAAUUUGGGAACAACUACCACUCCUUAAUUAAGCCAUGUUCCAGGAUCCCUACGGCUAUUCAUUGUGUUCUUUUCGUUUUGAGUAGAGUAAAUCUAGUUUGAGUCUCAUUCGAAGAACGUAAUGUAUAUCCUGAAUUAGGUGAAAAUGUCAUCUAAAUACAUUUCAUUCUGCAUUAAAGACUUAUUGCACAUUAAUAAAAGUGACUGCAUACAAAA